UGGACAGGAGCCGCUCACCGCACGUCCGGACUCGUGGGGGAUGCGUUGAGCGCGGAGCACUCUGGGACUUGUAGUUUGGGCCAUGGAGCGAGCUGUGCCGUUCUCGGUGCCUCUGGGUCAGGCUGAGAAGUCUGCACAGCGGGAGGCCACGCAGGGAAAGCAGAGGAGUCUGCGGCUGGAGGCCCAGGCCCACCUCACCAGCCUCUUCCCACAGACAGAGGUGUUUCAGGCCCUGCAGCGGCUGCACAUGACUGUCUUCUCCCAGAGCGUCUCUCCCUGCGGCAAGUUCCUGGCAGCUGGCAACAAUUAUGGGCAGAUCGCCAUCUUCAGCUUAUCUGCUGCUUUGAGCUCAGAGGCCAAAGAGGAAAGUAAGAAGCCCGUGGUGACCUUCCAAGCCCACGAUGGGCCCGUCUACUGCAUGGUCUCCACCGACCGCCACCUGCUCAGUGCUGGGGAUGGGGAGGUGAAGGCCUGGCUUUGGGCAGAGAUCCUCAAGAAGGGCUGUAAGGAGCUGUGGCGUCGCCAGCCCCCUUACAGGACCAGCCUGGAAGUGCCAGAGGUCAACGCUUUGCUGCUCGUCCCCAAGGAGAAUUCCCUCAUCCUGGCUGGGGGAGACUGUCAGCUGCACACCAUGGACCUCGAGACCGGGGCCUUCACGCGUGCCCUCCGGGGCCACACAGACUACAUCCAUUGCCUAGCACUGCGGGAACGGGGCCCUGAGGUGCUGUCGGGUGGCGAGGACGGGACUGUGCGGCUUUGGGACCUCCGCGCGGCCAAGGAGGUCCAGACGAUCGAGGUCUAUAAGCAUGAGGAGUGCGCGAGGCCCCAGAACGGACGCUGGAUCGGAUGCCUGGCAACUGACUCCGACUGGAUGGUCUGUGGAGGGGGCCCAGCCCUUACUCUCUGGCACCUCCGAUCCUCCACCCCCACCACCGUCUUCCCUAUGCGGGCCCCACAGAAGCAUGUCACCUUCUAUCAGGACCUGAUUCUGUCCGCUGGCCAGGGCCCCUGUGUCAACCAGUGGCAGCUGAGCGGGGAGCUCAGGGCCCAGGUGCCUGGCUCCUCCCCGGGGCUGCUCAGCCUCAGCCUCAACCAGCAGCCUGCUGCACCCGAGUGCAAGGUCCUGACAGCCGCAGGCAACAGCUGCCGGGUGGAUGUCUUCACCAACCUGGGCUACCGGGCCUUCUCCCUGUCCUUCUGACCUGCCACCCCACCCCAGGGGCUUGCUGUGUUUGUUGUUUUACAAUAAAGUUGCAGUCUUUCCUUC